AUGGGAGAAAAAUAUUCCUCUUCUCUUGAGGUAGAUGUUCCUCUAAUGCGUUUUCUCAAAGGAAAAGGUGGAUCUGUGCAGAAGCAGAUUGAACAGGAGACUCGAGUUAAAAUCAUUUUCCCAUCUGCAAAGGAGGAAACACUUGUUGCCCUCGAAGGCAAAAGUGCUGAAAGUAUUAGAAAAGCAUCAGAGAGGAUUUCAAAGAUCCUUGGAGAGGCUGUUCAAAGUCCAAUGCUAGAUUACUCGCAUUUCAUAUCACUUCCGUUGGCCAUCCACCCGGCUCUUGUCGAGAAGCUAAAUAACUUCCAGAGGUCGAUCCUCAGGGCGUCUGCAUCUAAUGUGGAUAGUGAUAAGGAUGAAAGCCUAAGCGAAGGUUCUAUGGAAGAAAUUGAUGAAGCAGCGAACCCUAGUGUUUCAGUCAAGCUGCCAGUCAAAGAAGAAAAUUCUGUCAUAGUGAAAAUGGAUAAUAAGGAGUUCAGCAUUGACAAGUCGAUAUUCAUAAAACCCAAAAUGUUUCACCUAACGGUUCUUAUGUUGAAGUUGUGGAACAAGGAUCGUAUUUCUCAGGCUUCUGAAGUCCUCCAGUCAAUAUCUUCCCAGGUAAAUGAAGCUUUGGAAAACCGACCUAUCUCUAUACAACUUAAGGGUCUGACAUGCAUGAAAGGCUCACCAGCUAGGGCCCGUGUUGUAUAUGCUCCAGUACUUGAAAUUGGUGGAGAAGGGCGCCUUGUUCGAGCUUGCAAGGUAAUAACUGACGCCUUCGUCAAGUCAGGCCUGGUUCUUGAAAGGGAUGCCAGACAAGAAUUGAGGUUGCAUGCAACCAUAAUGAAUGUGCGCCACAGGAAGAGCAAGAAAUCGAACCGAAGAAACAAUUCGUUCGAUGCUCGGAAUAUAUUCAGACAAUAUGGGGAACAGGACUGGGGCGAGUACCCAGUACCUGCGGUGCACCUAUCUCAGAGGUUCAAGUUCGACGAGGGUGGAUACUACCAUUGCUGUUGCUCGAUCCCCUUGCCCGAGGUGGCUCAGACGGAGUGAGCCCCGUGUGUUUCGACACAUCACAGUAUUCAAUCUUGACGCAGUAUCUUAUGCCCUUAAGAUCGGUACCGGGUCUUUUUUGCCGUCAUGGAAUCUGUAGUUUGGUCGCGUGGCUUUGCUUCUGUUGUGGACAUUGUGCACGGUAACGAGUGCUAUGCAGGCUAUGUUAACUCAUA